AUGCCAGAAGCAGGCGCGUUUGUGUCCUUUGAGAUCCACCCCACUAGUUGCCCUCUGGCUGCAGUACCGCGGCCUCUUCCUGCCCCGAAAAUCGCCGCCAUUGGAGAUGCGCAACGCAUUCGUGAAGCCAUCCUGGAGCAAGCCAGAGACCGGCUGGAGAAUUGGUAUAAAGAUGAGGAUCAGAUGACUUUGCCGUACUGGGAGUCAAAGGCCAAAGUGCAGCAAACCAAGCAUUGGUAUCUCUGUGAUGAGCGUGGUGGGAACAUGAAGGUGCCCAUCACCUUCGGUGAAUUCAACGUGAGCGAUGUGCGACCCGCCCAGCUUUUUAAUGUCGUGGCGGACAUCGAAGGUCAACUGAAGUGGGACAAUUCCAUGAGUGAGGCGAAGGUGGUGAAGGAUUUCCCUGACGAUGGUGUCCUCGCAGCUGAUCUAAGCUUCCCUUCGGGCUUUUGGUUGGUCCCCCCACGUCAGGUUUUUCAAUGGAUGGCCUUCAAUGCAAGCUUGGAAGAGCAGGAAUAUUGGUUUGCGGUGUCUUCACUAAAUGUGGAGGCAAUCCACAAGGAACAGAAACCCAACCAGUUUGCCGUGCAGGCAGAGAACUGUCUGGGAGCUUAUUGGAUUCGACCCUGUCCACGAGGUGGAGAGAACAAGUGUCCAUCCGGCAACCCCUACGAUUGCUGCCCUGUGGGCGGAUCGAGGAUCAUUUUUACGACUCACAUCAAUGUGCAUCCGCCGGGCUUUUUGAAUGCCAAGACGAUGUUCGACCUGUCUUGGACCAAGCAGAUCGACUGGAUCAAAGCUUUGAAGGAUCGGGCAAGAGAGGUGCUGAAGAGCAACGAGACGUUCAGGGCGGCACAAACUCCAGUCCUUCCCAAGUGGCUGUGGCAAGAUCCUACUGAGCCCACAAAGGGUAGUGUGCGAUUUUCCUUCCCGCAUGAGAUGAUGAUUGCCCCUUCGAAGUUGUACCAGAGGACGGAGCCUUUCUGGUCCUUUCCCUCCACUUCUCCCGUCCUAUUCGUCGCCCUGGCCGCGGCUGUGUCCGUUUUGAUCUUCGUCGCGAUGCGAGCGCAUCGAGCCCUAGCUCUGAUCAAGGAGACUUCUGAUUCUAGAGAGUUGUUGGCGCGAAGAGGACGGGGUCACGGUGUGACCGGGGUCUCCCACGACAUGAUCAAGUCCUUAGGUUUUCCAGAAGGUUCACAUCAGCAGAAACAGACCUCGUGGAGCCAGGUCUACAGAGGACCUUGCGAGGUGGCGGUUCGAGUGGAUGGUUUGCAAGUUGACAGGCACUACCAGUUCCAAGCUCGGGGUAUUGAUGCCACAGGGCUGGCUGGGCCGCGCAGCGAAAUAGUGAACUUCAUCAGCGCCGGUGUCCCCGAGUGGCAAGGGCUCACGCCAGCCUUGGAGAAGGUGGGAGCGGAUAACAUCCAACUCCUGUGGCCUGUUCCUGCCAAUGGCGGCUCACCCAUCCUCGGCUACCACGUGGACAUGGAGGCAAAUGGGGAUGGCAGUUGGGAGCGAAUUUACGAUGGUACAAAUCAGCCCUCGAAACUCACUUUCAUCGCCACCGGCCUUCACGCCUCCUUGACGUAUAGCUUCCGAGUCUAUGCUGAAAACCGGGUCGGUUUCAGCAGUUACACUUCGUCUUCUGUGAGGAUCUCUGACCUCAUGGCCGCAGCUGACUCGAGACCGGAGAGCGUUCCCAUCUCGCUGAGUGCCGAUGUGGCGUACACGGCCCAAGUGCGAGCAGUGGAUCCAGUGACCAAGGUGGAUGAGAUCGUUGGUGGCCGAAGAUUUAUCCUCUCUGUCCACGACGUCUGUGAGCUCGACUCCACCGGUACAAUCUGCGUGCGCGUGGCGCCGCCUCAUCCGAACUAUGCUCCGGAUGUCCUGGGCCAGCCCAUUUGCUGCACCCACUCUGUGGACACGGACAACGGGAUGUACCGUUUCUUCUACACCCUUCGGAAGGCAAGUUGUCGGUUCCGCUGUGACAGUGUUGGAGGGGAGUAUUCCCUGGGUGUGACUCAGCUCUUAGAUGACCUGCUGGGGAAGCAAGAGAAGCGACCCGAUGAGGAAGGCUCCCUCUCUCCGCCACAUCAGGAGGCCAUGCGACGGACCUUCCAACGCACCCAGGAGUUCUGCGAUGAGGCGCAGAAAUAUAUGGAUCUCAUCGCCAAGGAGGAAGCGGAUGCCAGAAGGGAAGCAGACCAGAAACGGAAGCGGGCUGAGAGGCGUUGGGGGUUUGCUGAGACGGCUGACUCCAACGUCUUCGGCAGUUCUGAGAGUUUUUUCGAUGCCAUUCAGGAGAAUGAAAAGCGGCUAGCGGAGGUCCACCAGGACCUCGUUGACAUCAUGGAGACCAAGGGGCGACAAGUUCCCGUAAAGCCAAGUCCAGUAUCCCCCUUUGGUCAGACCAUCGACUUUCACAGUAGUUUGGGAUGCACCUUCACUGAAGAUGAUGGAGACGAUGCCUCACCCAUCCUCGACUUUGAACAGCUGCUGGCGCACUGCGAGAAGAUGCAGGCGGAGUUGGAACACUGGGGCGAUCAGAGGAAUACGCCCCGCGGCUGGCAGCGCCUGGAUGAGGCGCACAUUUGGGCUUUGCAUUUUUUGUUGCGAAGGCUGGGGGUCAUUUGGGAUUGUCCAGGCAGCGAAGCGGUCAGAUUCUGCAGCUGCUUGCAGCAACCCAACUUAACAAGUCCCAAGAAAGACAGCGACUUCCCGCGCACGUUGCAUCGACUUUGGAACUUUGCAGGCAUCGUCUCUUUGGCAAGUGACAAUUUGUUAGUGGCGGCGCUGCGGGCGCUGGCGGAGGGCCGGCGGAAGUUGGCGCACGGCCAGGAGGCGGUGCAGCAACUGCUGCAGGAUCUGGAGGAGCUGAGAGAUAGCAAGCUGGAUCUGGACCUCCGAGAGGUGCAGGAAAGUAUCCUGGAAAACACCGCGAUGUAUGCGAAGAACCCUGAGGUGCUGGGGAGUAUGAUCCACCUGGUCUUCGGCCUGGACGUCAUGAGUCAAUGGCUGACGGCCCGGGAUUCCGAGCUGGACCUGCGGCUGGGAGACCUGGAUGCCUUGCAGCAGGAGCUGCUGAAGCACCGCAGGGCCCUGGAGGAGAUGACCACCGAGCUGCAGGAGCUGCGGGCCACGGGGGCCAUGGGGGCCAUCAGUGCGCCGAGCCGCGAGACUGGCGAGCUGCAACGGUUGCGGCGGGAGAACGAGCGGCUACAACGGGAGCUGAGGGAAAGGGCUGGGAGUUCAGUGGCAUCUCCAGCAGUUCCAGCUGGGGCGGAGUGGGCACAUGUGAAACCUCUGAUGCUUCAGUGCUUGGAACAACUGGAACCGAUGUUGGCCACUAUGCCGGCCACACCGGCCUUUCUGGAUUUGCAGGAAGAGGCCUGUGAGGCCUACUAUGAACUGCGGCGGAUUCUGCUGGAAGCAAUGGCCUUGAAUCCUCCAAGAGUUCAGUUAUGCAUCGACGCCUCUCCGGAUGUCCUGUUUCCGGGGUGGGUGGUCGCCUGUUUCCGCACCUUGAAACCAAAGGCGUCAGUUUACGGUCCGUUCAAAGUGGAUGACAGGGGACGGUUCCGAAAACGCCGAGAUUUCAACUGGGGCCUGGGCGCUGUGGCGCUUUACGCCUCGGACUACGUCUCCGUGCGGUGGACAGGUUUCGUGCUGCCGGACUACUCAGAAACUUACACUUUCUACGUCAAUGCGGACGAUUCUGCCAGGCUUUGGGUGAAUGGCGUCAUGGUCUUCGACAAGUGGGAUGUGUGUUGCCAGGAGUUCUGGGGCAACAUUGCUCUCACGGCCGGUGAAUUGGCUUCCAUCCGCCUUGAGUUUCGAGAGGUCGCUGGCAAUGCCACACUCAGUUUGGAGUGGGCCUCCUUCUCGACCCCCAGAGGCUUCAUCAAUCCUGGCAAGCUCUUCAAGGGGCCCAUCAUCAACGGUGCACCGGUCCUCUUAGAGGUGGCAACGGGCACCGUGAACGCAGACAAUUCCGUGGCCUAUGGCGAGUAUCUGACCGCCGCCAGAUGUUUGGAGUCUCGUGCUUUCUACAUCCAGGCCAAAGAUACGGCGGACAACUUGCUGAAGAGCAACCAGGAAGUCUUUCAGGUGACCUUCAAUGGCCCGGUGACCUUCACCGUGGUCUCCUCACCGGUGAAUCCGGAUGCCAUGGAUGGGCUUUACAAAGUUGAGUACUUGGUGAACGUGGCCGGCACCUACCGCGUGUCCGUGUCGUUGAAUGGGCGGCCUGUCAAGGACAGUCCUUUCCAAUUCAUCGCCAGACCCGGCCGGGUCUCUUCGGCCCACUCAACGGUCACUGGCCUUGGAGCAAUCGAGUUUACAGCCGGCACUGAAGCCAGCUUCUUCGUGCAAGCCAGAGAUGCCUAUGGCAAUCCACUGGAUGAAGAGGUAGGGGACGUCACGGCUUCCAUUGACUGGGAAUCCUACAACACUUUGACAACCAUGAACGUGCUGGAUGAUACACCGCUGAACAGUGCAGAGUUUGGAAGGUAUUUCUAUGGCACAUCCAGCUACAUCGGCAACGGAGAGUAUGAGAUCAAAUAUACAGCUUUGCGUGAAGGCAGCCACAAGCUCUUUGUGAAGAUCAACGGCGGCAACAUCUUCGAGUCGCCCUUCAGCCUGCGGGGCGCCUCCGCCGCCGCGGCCUAUGGUCCCAAGAGCCUGGCUGAGAGUUCCAAGCCGCCCAGCACCGCGGUGGCUGGAGAUGAGAUCACCUUCCAAGUGCAGUUGAGAGAUGCCUAUGGAAACAUCCUGCCUGAACAACUCAGUUACGAAAACGGGGGAGCCUUCGGUGAGCUAAGGGCAUCCUCGGCCACUGGAGCAAUCACCAUCCGUGUGAGCUCGCAGCCACCAGUGACCCAGGUGGAUGAUGGUGUGAGGAGCUUGGAGGGUUGGAAAUUUCCACUGAAACAUGCGUUUGCUUUCCAUGGCAUUCCCAAGAUCCGUGGCUCCGUUCUGGUUCUUCACACCGGUCUCUACGAUUGCCGGGUGACUCCCAGCGUCAGUGGAGAUCGCCUCAUGUCCGUUCAAGUGGGCGGCGUGGAAAUCUCCAAGUUGGAAAUGUCACAGCUGGGGAUAUUGAACAUGACCCAGGGUCCCUUUCCGUUGUUUGUGGAGCCAGCAGCAGUCUCGCCCGCAAACACGGCAGUUUACAAUGUUCAGUCCAGCUACCUGGCCGGUGUGACGGUGGAUGCGCUGGUGCAGCUGCGUGACCAGUUUGGGAACAACCGCACCAGCAGCUCACCCACCCUUCUCUUCCAGGGUCGCUUUGGCCCCAGCACUUUGGCCUACACGGACCACAACAACGGCACCGUGACGGUGGCCGUGGGGACUCACCUGGCUGGAAAGCAUCCUCUGCAGAUUACCUUGGCCGGCGUCCAGAUUUCCAACACACCCACACCGGAGAUUGAUGUGAACAGCUCCACAGCCAAAUUCGAUGGAACGGACUGCGCGACGCCCACGCAGAUCAUUGCGGGGAUUGAGACGCCGUUCCAAUGCUUUCCACGGGACACCUACAGCAAUAAGGUGGUGGACAACGAUCUCUUCAUCAAGGCGGAGUUUAUCAACAUGGACGACUCCACCGCACCAGUUGUGCAGGUGGAUGGCACCUACAGCCUGGUGGAUGACAACUACGACUUCCCCUUGCAGAUCAACAAAGUUGGUGCCUACUCGGUGGUGACGCAGCUCUCAGCCCGCGGUGGAUUGAUUGGGCGCUACUACCGAACGCCAGGUUUCCAGAGCUUGGUCUCCCUGCUCAGCGACCGACCGCAUCAGGGCUUGGCCCUCUUCGAAUACACGCGGGUGGACCCCGUUCUGGACAUCGUUUGGCCUGAGAGUCCAGUGAGUACCUGUCCGGAGGACUACUUCUCGGUGCACUGGCACGGCUACCUGCUGCCCAAAGCCACCGGUUUGCAUAGCAUCCGCAUCGAAGCAGAUAAAGGAGCCAGGGUCAUGGUAGGCAGCGAGUGGGUCAUCGACGAGAUCGAGUCGGACACCGCGGUACGCGCCUCUGCGCAGGUGAUGCUCACGAAUCACGUUCCAUCCUACAUUGAAGUCCAGUACAAGCACUCUGCCGGGACAGCCUAUGUGCGUCUCUACUGGGCAGCAACGGAGUUUGAGGAUGAGCUGGUUCCGAGUGAAUAUCUGCUCCAUCCAUUGAAUGUACUUCCCUUGGACACCACCACGGUGGUUGUGCCACAAGAAGCUGCCAACACCUCAUUGGCUUCGGGGGCCGGUCUUACAUCCAUCACUUCGGGACAGGACAACACCUUCAUCAUCCACACCAGGGAUGCCGAAGAUAAUCCCCGCACCACGGAUACGACCGCCGUCAUCACGGGGUAUUUGACCUCAGAGCCUGCUGUGAUGCUUUCCUUCUCCUACUUGGGAGGCGGAAACUACACGGCCACCGUGAAUCCCGUGGCGUCGGGCGUCUUCCAGAUGCAUGUCUUGGUGGAUGGUGCUGACAUUGUUGACUCGCCAUUUACCACCACCGUCUUGCCUGGGCCCACCAGUGCGGUGGAUAGUUUGAUCACGGGCACUGGCCUCCAAUAUGCCGAAGCUGGCGUUGAGGGCGUCUUCUUUGUGACCCUGCGGGACGCACAGCUGAACCACAGGGGUGUUUCCAUCGGUGAACCUGUCACCAUUGAUGAUGCUCGAAUGAGCUGCAUGGAUCAGGGCCUGGGUGUGUACAGAUGUUCGUAUUUGAUCACGCAGGCGCAAACCCUGAACGUCAACCUGCGGGUGAACGGUCAAUCGGUGAACCCCGUGGCCCCCAACACCUUCGCGCUGGUGAUCAAUCCUAAGCCAAUCGAUUCCACCAGUGGCGUGAAUUAUCUCUAUGCCUUCACCACCUUCUUCCCUGAGAUCCGCCGCAGCACGGACAACAGCGUGACCUUUCAGGUCCGAGACGAAUUCGGGAACGACGUGCCAGACCAGGGCAACAACUUCAUGUUCUGCGAAGCCGACGGCCCUGAGCAGAAGACUACCCCCUUCCGCCCGGCCCUGGACACGGUCCGCACCGCGCCCGGUCUCUUCCGGGUGAAUCUGCGUUUGGACACCACGGGGGUCCACAAGGUGAAUUGCUACGCGCUGAACAAAGGGGGCAUCAACGCGCGGUACUUCAACAAUCGAUGGGUGGAAGGGGUGCCAGCCAUCUCACAGGUCGACACAGCGAUCGACUUCAACUGGGCCGAAGGACUGGUGACGGCCGACUCUUCGGACUAUGCCUCGGCGCAGUUUGAUGGCUAUUUGCAGGUGCCCACGGCGGCGAACUACACCUUUUACAUCACUUGUGAUGAUGGCGCCAAUCUGUGGAUUGAUGAUGAGUUGGUCCUGAGCCAAGCAACUGCAGGGCAGUAUGAGACCCGGCCCAUUCUGUUGACGGGAUCGAGGUUGUACCAUUUGCAGGUGAUGUACUAUGAACGCACGGGUUUCGCGCGCAUGCGCCUGGAAUGGGCCAGUGAUCAGGGUUUGGUGCGAGAGGUCAUAGGAAAGGACUCCUGGUAUCAUUCCCGCAGCUUACUGGGACUCUUUCCACAGACCGUGCUGGUCUUCGAUAAACCAGGACCAGUGGAAGCCUUCUACCAUCACGACUUCCAGUACGAUGUGAAUCAACUGUCGUGGAUCCCUCCACAGGACAAUAGCGCCAAGGCCAUUGUGGGGUAUCGCAUCUACCGGGACGACGGCAAUGGUGGUGCCAUCGAUUCACAGCUGGCCUUGACGGAUGAAAACACCUUCUCCUACACGGAUAGUGGGUUGGUCACUGGAAAUGUCUACUACUACAGAAUCUUCGCCACCAACGGCGACGAUGGCGAGCCGGUGACGAUCUCCGCGCAGCCAUCGGUGCCGCCAGUGAAGCCGGACCCGGCACUGUUGAUCAACACGGGUAGUGGGACGAUGACCUUCCGCUUCACGCCGCUGACGGGUGCACCUUCUGGCUGGUUGCCAACGAUCCGCUACACCCUGUACCGCAACGAUGGUCUGGGCGGUGUCCUGCGCUUCAGCUAUGAAGGCGACAUGGAUGGCACCUCCACGGUGGAACUGGUCAUUGGAGGAUUGGUGGAAGGACGACAGUAUCUCUUCCAAACCUCCUACUGGAGUCGCAUCGGCCAGUCGCCCUUGAGCGACGUCACGGCCGUGGUCUGCUGCGAGUUCCGCAAGCCCGGCUCGCCGCCGGUGAACCUCCGCCGCGAGGGCGACCAGAGCAACGAGAAGAUCUCCCUGGCGUGGGAUGCGGUGACGGAUAUUGGUUCCUCAUCCUUGAUCUAUUACAGACUUUACAUGGAUGAUGGCUACACCGAAAUCUCCAAAAACACGGCGAGUGGCACCACCACCACCGAGUUCUUUGAGUUUUUGACCCCCGGGAACCCCUACCGUUUCGCCGUGGCCGCGGUGAACGCGGCCGGGGAGGGGCCCCGAAGCGAACGAAUCACCCUGACAGCCUCAGAUGUGGCGGGGCAGCCGUAUGAUGUGGUCGCCACCUUCCAGUCCAGUUAUCGUAUUGACCUGGCCUGGAAGAAGCCUUUACUCACCGGAGCUUCAGGGAUGAGUGGCUACAAGGUCUGGGUGGACGAUGGCAAUGGUGGCAACAUCGCGAACCUUAUCUGGGACGGCGGAACCAAGGCCUCGACCCUCUACUACUCCUGGCAGCCGGUCUUCUCCGAUGGUUCCGUAGCGUUGCUGGCGGGGCAUACCUACCGCUUUCAGGUGCAGAGUGUGAACCCCACCGGGGACGGCGCCAAGUCCAACGUCUUCUCCAUCGUGGCGGCCGCCAAGCCGGAUGCACCGGGGAGACCGGUGGUGGACAGGGCAUCCACCUCCUCAACCGCAGUACAUCUGUCAUGGGCUGCACCUUACAAUGGCGGGUCACCCAUCUUGGGAUACAUUGUGGAAAGAAAGGACGACCCAACGGCAGCUUGGGUGCAGUUGACCACUACUGCGAGUGCCUACACCUCCACUACAUAUGUGGAUACCACCAACAUCGCGGCGAACAGUUUCUACAUCUAUCGGAUCUCGGCCUUCAACCUGGUGACCGUUGGGGACACCUUGUACUCGCCGGAGGCCACCAUCCCUGCCAGCGCGGUGCCCACGGCACCCACGGUGAGCUUCGUGACCUCCACGGAGACGACCAUCACCGUGUCCUGGGACAUCCCCCUGUCGGAUCUGACGGUGACCGGCUUCCGGCUCUAUGCCGACAAUGUCUUGAAGUACGAUGGCGCUGGAGUGAGCACUGUACGUACCUUCACCCUGGCGGGCUGCACCACUGGCAACAUGCACGACUUCCGUGCCACCGCCCUGAGCGACGCUGGGGAGUCCGGCUAUUCAGCCUCCCUGCCGCGGUACUGUGCCAGGCGACCGUAUCCACCAGCGCAGCCUACUCUGAAGUCCACCACUCUCCAGGUUGUGGAGAUUCAAUGGAUGGCUCCCAGCAACAACGGUGGGAUGCCAAUCUCGGGUUACAAGGUGCAGCGCGCCAAUCACGACAACUACUUCUUCGGCACCGUUCAGUGUCUUCAAGCGGACAAUAGCUAUUUAACCACCUUGCCGGAGAAUCAGCAUUCCUGCAUGGAUGACACGGCCUUUCUCUGUUUCGAGCGCAAGUGCAAGUACCGGGUGCUGGCCAUCAACGGCGUGGAGGACGACAACUUCGCCGACGUCUCGCCGUACCUGGUGGCCACCGCCGCCAACCUCCCCGUGCCGCCGGCCUCGGUGACCCGGGACGAUCCGCCGAGCAGCAAAACGGCCAUCGAGGUCAUGUGGACGCCGGUGACCUCCGAAAGCGAUACAGGUGGCGCCAUGGUGAUCGGUUACCGGGUCUACGCCAAUACCGGGAUCGAUGACUCGCUCUCCUUGGUCUUUGAUGGAUCUGGAAGCCCCUCCGUGCGGAGCUUCAAACACACGGGGCUCACGCCGGGACGGCGCUACUGGUAUCAGGUGAGCAGCGUGAGCUCCGUGGGCGAAGGCGCCCAAACCAGCGUCUUCACCUUCCUGGCCGCGGAGCCGCCUGCGGCGCCGCUGCAGCCGCGCUUCGUGACGGCCUCCUUUGGGUCCAUUACCAUUGGGUUGGAUCCACCACCGUCUGAUGGAGGCUCGCCCAUCGUGCGCUAUGCCAUCUAUCACAAUGAUGGUACCGUGAAUGGCCUGUUGAGCACCCAGGUCUUGGUUUGCGAUAUGUCCAGGACCGAAUUUGCCGUGCCCAACUUGAUUAGCGGCUUGGAUUAUCAGAUCCAGAUCCAGGCCCAUGCGGACUGUCCCACCGGCACGGGCACUUCGCUUCAUGCCUAUGAUGGUCAGGGUCUCUGCGUGAACGAUGCCGAAUGCACCCUCCCGGGGGAGAGGAGUGGGGUGGCCCUCUACACCAUCACCGAUGUGCCCGACCUGGUGGUCUUGGCCAAGGUCUCCGGUAGCCAGACGCGUACUGCGGUCACCUUCCGUUGGGAUGCACCGGGAAAUGAUGGGGGCAGUCCCAUCACCAGCUAUGAACCCUACAGAGAUGAUGGCCUUGGUGGAGACUUUGUGCGUGUGGAUGUGCUUCCCACCAACUAUUUUGAACCAGAUACGGAGCUGUCAGUGACAGGCAACGAGUACAAGUACAGUGGUUUGGUCACCGGCCGGCGCUACAACUUCUUCAUGGCGGCCUGCAACAAACGCGGCUGUCGCAGCGGCUCCAUCUUCGGCCCGCUGACCGCAGCCGCGCCGCCGGACCAGCCGGACCCGCCCCUGGCGACGGCCACCUCAGCCUCCCCAGCGGUGAUCAACCUGACCUGGACGCCACCGGACAACGGGGGGAUGCCCAUCUUGAGGACGGAACUGCAACGUGAUGAUGGACAGGAGCUGGGGAUGGGAUGCGGGAUGAUGCUUGGGGUGAUGAUUUUUUGGGUUUUCCAUGGGUUUCAGUACAGAUAA